CGGCACGCCCGAACGGCACCAAGAUUUGCUUCCCCCAGCCACAAGUGUCCGACGACAGUCAUGAAUGUCUGAGAGACCAAGACAGGGCUAGCAUCUCGAAAAAUGGAAGAGGAGGAAGGUGAAGGAACUUACAUAGCCCAAAUCUGGCGUGAUUUAGAAAAGGGCAUUGAACAAGUUUAUAGACGUGAAGCGAUGCCUAGACUUCGCUAUAUGGAAUUGUACAAUCAUGUUUAUAACUACUGUACAAGUGUUUAUCCAAAAAUUGAUGAAGUAACAAACUUUCCAAAGAACUGUAUGGUUCCGCUGAACGUCUGGAAACUGUAUGAUAGACUGACGACGUUUCUCAGGCUCUAUCUUAUAGAUAUGGUGGUGGAGGGAGCUGAACUUGUGGAUGAAAAUCUCCUCCUGUACUACACAAAGCAAUGGGAAGACUUCAAGUUCAGUUCCAAAGUUCUGAACGGAAUCUGCGCUUACCUUAACAGGCAUUGGAUCCAAAGAGAACAUGACCGAGUCAGGAAGAAUAUAUAUCCAAUAUAUGAUAUAGCAUUAACAUAUUGGAGAGAGGAAAUGUAUUUAACAUUGAACACUCAGGUAGUGAGUGCUGUUUUGAAGCUGAUUGAAAGGGAACGCAAAGGAGAAACAAUAAACACAAGAUUAAUAAGUGAAGUUAUCAACUGUUACAUUGAAAUGGGUUUUAAUCCAGAGUAUCCAGCUAUUAUUAGAAGGAACUUGUGCGUCUACAUGUGUUCAUUUGAAACUUUAUUUCUGUUUGAGACAGAAAGGUUCUAUACUCAAGAAAGUGUACAAUUCAUUCAGAACCAUCCAUUAACUGAAUAUAUGAAGAAGAUCGAGCAAAGAGUACUUGAAGAAAAAAAAAGAGUCCAAACAUGUCUUCAUGAAACAACAUGGGACAAGCUUAUGGACAUCUUUGAUAGAGUAUUAAUUGAGAGACAUGUAGAAAUGUUUCUUGCAGAGUUUGUGGUACUACUUUUGAACAAUCAAACUGAAGACCUUGGAAGAAUGUAUCAGUUGGUAUCUCGUGUUUUAUUUGGUACACAAAACUUACGGGUCCUGUUUGAAGGCCAUGUUACAGCUGUUGGACUAGGUGCCAUAAACCAAAUUGCUGAUGUUGCUAUAAAUGAUCCGAAACUUUAUGUGGACACUAUACUGGAAGUUCGAAAUAAACAUAAUGCCUUGGUUUUGACAGCUUUUAAUAAUGAUGCAGGAUUUGUUAAUGCUCUUGACAAAGCCUGUAAAAGAUUUAUCAAUGGAAAUGAAGUGACAAGGCUAGCAAACACUUCAUCCAAGUCACCAGAACUACUUGCAAAAUAUUGUGAUUUAGUGCUAAAAAAGAGCAGCAACAACCCUGAAGAAGCUGAACUUGAGGAUACACUCAAUCAAGCUAUGAUUGUCUUCAAGUACAUAGAAGACAAAGAUGUUUUUCUAAAAUUUUAUACCAGACUGCUGGCAAAGCGUCUGGUCCACAAUAUGUCUGCUAGUUAUGAUGCAGAGGUGUCAAUGAUCUCUAAAUUAAAACAGGCUUGUGGAUAUGGGUACACCUCAAAGAUGCAAAGGAUGUUCCAGGACCUUGGUGUUUCUAAAAACCUGAAUGAGGAAUUCAGAACAUAUCUGAAUAAUUCAUGUAAGCCAAUGGCCAUAGAUUUCAGUAUCCAAGUACUUUCAUCUGGUUCUUGGCCAUUUCAGCAGCCACGUGGAUUUACGAUACCCAGAGAACUCGUACGUAGUGUACAUCUUUUCACAGUGUUCUAUAACAGCCAGCGCAGUGGUAGGAAACUCUGUUGGUUGUUCAACGUAUCGAACGGAGAACUGGUUACACACUGCUUCAAAAGGAGGUAUACAUUGCAGGCUUCAACCUUCCAGAUGGCAAUAUUACUGCAGUUUAAUGUGAGUAAGACCUGGACAGUACAACAACUACAAGAGUCCACCCAAAUUGGGUUGGAUUUAGUAAUACAAGUUAUCCAGUCUCUCAUGAAAGCAAAACUUCUGCAGUCAGAAAGCGAUGAAAAUGAUUUGCAACCUAAUUCUGUUAUAGCAUUACCGAAAAUCUACAAAAAUCGGAAAUUCAAGGUGAAUAUCAACAUACCUCUGGAGGCAGAAAUAGAAACGGAACAAGACCACGCAAAUGUGCACAAGAAUAUAGAAGCGGAUCGCAAAAUAUUAAUACAGGCAGCUAUAGUGAGAAUAAUGAAAACCAGAAAAACAUUGAAGCACCCGCAACUUGUUGCAGAAGUAUUGAAUGAUAUGUCAUUAAGAUUUAGACCCAAAGUUCAUCUUAUCAAAAAAUGUAUUGAUAUACUAAUUGAGAAGGACUAUUUGGAAAGAUCAGAUAGUGACAGAGAUACAUACAGAUAUCUUGCUUGAAGACUACAUGGCAAACGACGUGAAAAUGGUGGUCAAAUGUUUCUGCAGCAUGAAGAAAAUGUUACAUACUGUAUAGAAUCAUGUGCAUUUGAUAUGUGAAAAACUGUGUACCGUAUGUCAUACGUUUUGUUGAUUUUUUUAUUUCAUUUAUGUUGUUAUAGAAAAUCAUGAAUCUACUAGGUAAUCCACAUUUUUUGUAUGCAAAGCUUUUUCAAUAAGUAAAGUGAGUUAUUGUGUUCAUUUUUCCAUGAAUAUAGUCAUGAACAACAGAAUGAUAGCUGCCGCCAAGUGAUAUUUUCUGUGUGUGUGUGUGUGUGUGUGUGUGUGUGUGUAGAAUCACCUGUAAAACUGAGAGCAAUUGAUAUCGUAGAUUGCUGAAUGUGAAUUCAUAUUUGUUAUUUUUAUUGGUUAAUUGGUAUUGUUCUUGCAUAAUUCUGUUAGCAGAAAACAUUAACAAAAAUUUUCAUUAAAAAGGAUGCACUUUUCUUUGUAAACCCUCAUCACCAGUUUUGUGAAGACUUCUUCACUGCUGCUGUCACAAAUAUAGUGAAUGCAAUUUACAACUGUCUGUUCACUUCUAAGACUUCACUAAACAAUGUUCUCUGUCUAAGUCAGCCCUGGAAAAUGAUGUAUAACCAAGUGGGUGAGAGCUGCUCUUCUAGCUUCCAAGUAGGCUUCUGUCCAUUGUCAUCCGUUCAUUGAAGGAUUGUACUUAGCUGGCAACAGGCCGAGGUGAAGACAAUAUCUUCAUCCUCAGCACUGCCCGCAGCACUGGUGGAACUCGCGCAAGUGGCGAGUCUCUAUGGCACCGUCAUCAGCUCACAUGUUUGCACCUCUGGUGCUUUGGCUAUGGCUGUGUCUUCUUCGGAUGACACAGCACUUUUAAUUUCUAUCAGUUAUAUCUGAAAAUUUAUACAUACAUCGUAAAUUUAAAAAAAAAAAGUGGAUGUUCAGUGUAUAUGUAUGGUAAGGGUGUGUAUUAUUGAUGUCCUACUAACUGUUCUAAUUGUUGGUGUUGUGUAUAAAGUUCUUGU